AUGUUGGAAGAACGAAGUCGUCGCUGGAAUAAAAUGAAUACAAAACGUUAUGGUGAGAAGCGUAAAUUUGGUUUUGUCGAGUCAAUAAAAGACGAUAUGCCACCUGAGCAUGUACGUAAGAUCAUUAAAGAUCACGGGGAUAUGAGUAGCAAGAAAUUUCGUCAUGAUAAGCGCGUGUACUUGGGAGCUCUAAAGUAUGUACCACAUGCGAUAUUUAAGCUAUUAGAGAAUAUGCCAAUGCCUUGGGAACAAGUAAAAGACGUCAAGGUUUUGUAUCAUGUCACGGGUGCAAUUACAUUUGUGAAUGAAGUGCCAUGGGUUAUUGAACCAGUUUAUAUUGCUCAAUGGGGUACCAUGUGGAUCAUGAUGCGUCGUGAAAAACGAGAUCGUCGUCAUUUUAAACGAAUGCGUUUUCCUCCUUUUGAUGAUGAAGAACCACCACUGGAUUAUGGUGACAAUAUCCUUGAUAUUGAACCUUCUGAGAGCAUUAUGAUGGAAUUGGACGAGGAAGACGAUGAAGCAGUGAUUGAAUGGUUUUAUGACUCAAAGCCGUUGAUUGACUCAAAGUUUGUCAAUGGACCGAGCUAUCGUAAAUGGCGACUACCUGUGCCUAUUAUGGCCAACUUGCAUCGUCUUGCGGGCCAAUUGAUUAGCGACUUGGUGGAUCCAAAUUACGAGUAUCUUUUUGAUAAAAAGUCGUUUUUUACAGCCAAGGCAUUGAAUGUUGCGAUCCCUGGUGGUCCGAAGUUUGAGCCACUGUAUCGUGAUCUGGACGAGGAUGACGAGGACUGGAACGAGUUUAACGACAUUAACAAGAUUAUUAUUCGCCACCAGAUCCGGACGGAAUACAAGGUAGCGUUCCCAUUUUUGUAUAAUAGUCGACCACGAUCCGUGCACAUCCAGCCGUACCACACACCUGUGCUAUGUUACAUCAAAGCAGAGGACCCGGAUUUGCCUGCGUUUUACUUUGACCCGAUUGUAAAUCCGAUCUCUCACUUUCGAGUAAACCGCUCUGGAAAGGAUAAUAGUCUCGAAAAAGAAGCAGAAGACGAUGAAGACGACGAGUUCCGGUUGCCUAUGGGAUUUGAUCCACUGUUGACGGAUGAACCGCUGUAUACCUCAGAAACGGCCAAUGGUAUUGCUCUCUACUGGGCACCACGGCCGUUCAAUCUGCGCACGGGCCGUACACGUCGUGCUAUCGAUGUUCCUCUCGUGAACAAGUGGUUCCAGGAACACUGCCCGCAAGGACAGCCUGUAAAGGUUCGUGUUAGCUACCAGAAGUUGCUGAAGUGCUGGGUACUGAAUUCUUUGCAUCACCGCCCUCCAAAGGCAUUGAACAAGCGAUACCUGUUCAAGUCACUGAAGUCCACAAAGUUUUUCCAAAGUACCGAAUUGGAUUGGGUUGAAGCUGGUCUACAAGUGUGCCGUCAGGGGUACAAUAUGUUAAAUUUGCUGAUUCAUCGUAAGAAUCUGAACUACCUUCACUUGGAUUACAAUUUUAAUUUGAAGCCUAUCAAGACGCUAACAACAAAGGAGCGUAAAAAGUCACGUUUUGGUAAUGCUUUUCACUUGACUCGAGAAAUUCUGCGCUUAACGAAGCUGAUUGUGGAUGCACACGUCCAGUAUCGAUUGGGCAACGUCGAUGCAUUCCAGCUUGCUGAUGGUCUGCAGUAUAUUUUUGCACACGUUGGUCAGCUGACGGGUAUGUACCGAUACAAGUACCGCCUGAUGCGUCAGGUUCGCAUGUGUAAGGAUUUGAAGCACUUGAUCUAUUACCGUUUCAACACUGGACCGGUUGGAAAGGGACCUGGAUGUGGUUUUUGGGCACCAGGUUGGCGUGUGUGGCUAUUCUUUCUCCGAGGCAUUGUUCCGUUGCUUGAGCGAUGGCUUGGAAACCUGCUAGCGCGUCAGUUUGAAGGUCGUCACUCGAAGGGCAUAGCAAAGACUGUGACGAAGCAGCGUGUGGAAAGCCACUUCGACUUGGAGCUGCGUGCAGCCGUGAUGCACGAUAUUCUGGAUAUGAUGCCUGAAGGUGUUAAGGUGAACAAGUCGCGAACGAUUAUGGCGCAUCUUAGUGAAGCUUGGCGCUGCUGGAAGGCUAACAUUCCAUGGAAAGUGCCGGGCUUGCCUGCUCCCAUUGAGAACAUGAUUUUGCGAUAUGUGAAGUCCAAGGCAGACUGGUGGACCAAUGUGGCGCACUACAACCGUGAGCGUAUUAAGCGCGGUGCUACAGUUGACAAAACUGUCUGCAAGAAGAACUUGGGUCGUCUAACGCGAUUGUGGCUUAAAGCAGAACAAGAGCGUCAACACAAUUAUCUUAAGGAUGGUCCUUAUGUGUCCGCUGAGGAAGCCGUCGCCGUGUACACGACCACCGUGCACUGGCUAGAAAGUCGGAAGUUUGCCCCGAUUCCGUUCCCGCCACUAUCAUACAAACACGAUACCAAGCUCCUCAUUCUUGCGUUGGAACGACUGAAGGAGAAUUAUUCUGUUAACAAUCGCUUGAACCAGACGCAGCGUGAAGAGCUUGGUCUGAUUGAACAGGCCUAUGACAAUCCCCACGAAGCGUUGUCCCGUAUUAAGAGACACUUACUUACCCAGCGUGCUUUCAAGGAAGUCCACAUCGAGUUUAUGGAUCUGUACAGUCAUUUGAUACCAGUGAAUGACAUUGAACCGUUAGAGAAGAUCACUGACGCGUAUCUUGAUCAGUAUUUGUGGUAUGAGGCUGACAAGCGCCACCUGUUUCCUUGUUGGAUUAAGCCCAGCGACUCUGAACCACCACCGCUUCUUGUUUACAAGUGGUGCCAAGGAGUUAACAACUUGCACAGUGUGUGGGAUACGUCUGAGGAGGAAUGCGUGGUAAUGCUUGAGUCGAAGCUGGAAAAGGUAUACGAAAAGAUCGACUUGACUCUUUUGAAUCGACUACUGCGACUAAUUUUGGAUCACAACAUCGCGGACUACAUGACUGCGAAGAACAAUAUUGUUAUUGCGUACAAGGACAUGAUGCACACGAACUCAUACGGUCUCAUUCGAGGAUUGCAGUUCGGUUCGUUUAUCUUCCAGUACUACGGUCUGAUUUUGGACUUGCUGUUGCUUGGCCUUACUCGCGCGACAGAGAUCGCUGGUCCUCCUGAGCUUCCGAAUGAGUAUCUGUCGUUCAAGGACACUGCCUCGGAGACCCGGCACCCGAUUCGUUUGUACACGCGCUACAUUGACAAGAUUUAUGUGCUGUUCCGGUUUGAUGCUGACGAUUCUCGCGACUUGAUCCAGCGAUACUUAACAGAGCACCCGGAUCCGAACAACGAAAAUGUGGUCGGAUACAACAAUAAGAAGUGUUGGCCCCGUGAUGCGCGCAUGAGACUGAUGAAGCAUGAUGUGAACCUUGGAAGAGCAACGUUCUGGGACAUGAAGAACCGUUUGCCGCGCUCAAUGACUACAUUUGAUUGGGAUAACAGUUUUGUGUCAGUGUACUCGAAGGAUAACCCGAAUCUGCUGUUCAACAUGUGCGGAUUUGAAGUGCGCAUUUUGCCCAAGAUACGUGCAGUUGACGCAGAGUUCACCCACAAGGAUGGAGUGUGGAUUUUGCAAAAUGAGACCACCAAGGAGCGCACAGCUCAGGCAUACCUUCGCGUGGACGACGAGUCGUUUCACUCCUUUGAGAACCGCGUUCGCCAAAUUUUGAUGUCUUCUGGCAGCACAACAUUUACUAAGGUUGCAAACAAGUGGAAUUCAGCCCUGAUUGGACUGAUGACGUAUUACCGCGAAUCUGUCGUGCAAACACAGGAAUUGCUGGAUCUCUUGGUCAAAUGUGAAAACAAAAUCCAGACACGUAUCAAGAUUGGACUGAACUCAAAGAUGCCAUCCCGGUUUCCGCCUGUGGUGUUUUACACGCCCAAGGAGCUGGGAGGUCUGGGCAUGUUAUCGAUGGGUCACGUUCUAAUCCCUCAAUCUGAUCUGCGCUACUCGAAGCAAACCGACGGCGGUGGUGUGACGCACUUCCGCUCAGGUAUGUCCCAUGAAGACGACCAGCUGAUUCCGAACUUGUUCCGCUACUUGCAGCCUUGGGAGUCCGAGUUCAUAGACUCGCAGCGUGUUUGGGCUGAGUAUGCUUUAAAACGGCAGGAAGCCAAUGCUCAGAACCGUCGCUUGACGUUGGAGGAUUUAGAAGACUCUUGGGAUCGUGGUAUUCCUCGCAUCAACACUCUUUUCCAAAAAGACCGCCACACGUUGGCAUACGACAAGGGUUGGCGUGUGCGGACGGGCUUUAAAUGCUAUCAGAUAACGCGUCAGAACCCAUUUUGGUGGACCCACCAACGACACGACGGUAAACUGUGGAACUUAAACAAUUAUCGAACGGACAUGAUUCAGGCGCUUGGUGGUGUGGAAGGUAUUCUUGAGCACACAUUAUUCAAAGGUACAUACUUCCCCACAUGGGAAGGUCUUUUUUGGGAGAAGGCUUCUGGAUUUGAAGAGAGUAUGAAGUACAAGAAGUUGACAAACGCGCAGCGAUCGGGUUUGAACCAGAUUCCGAACCGUCGAUUCACGCUGUGGUGGUCUCCUACGAUCAACCGUGCCAAUGUGUAUGUAGGCUUCCAAGUGCAACUGGAUUUGACUGGUAUAUUUAUGCACGGCAAGAUCCCGACUUUGAAGAUCUCUCUGAUCCAGAUUUUCCGCGCACAUUUGUGGCAGAAGAUACACGAAUCUUUGGUUAUGGAUUUAGUCCAAGUGUUUGACCAGGAGCUCGAUGCGCUGGAGAUUGAGAGUGUACAGAAAGAAACGAUUCACCCGCGUAAGUCCUACAAGAUGAAUUCAUCUUGUGCGGAUGUUCUUCUUUUCGCUGCGUACAAGUGGCAGAUGGGCCGACCAACACUAUUGCAUGACACGAAGGACAGUUACGAUGGCUCGACAAGCUCGAAGUAUUGGAUUGAUGUGCAGCUUCGGUGGGGUGACUUUGACUCUCACGAUAUUGAGCGAUAUGCGCGUGCCAAGUUCUUGGACUACACGACGGAUAACAUGACCAUUUAUCCAUCGCCCACAGGUGUAUUGCUUGCUGUGGAUUUAGCAUACAACCUGUACAGUGGGUAUGGAAAUUGGUUUCCUGGCUGUAAGCCGCUCAUGCAGCAAGCCAUGGCCAAAAUUAUGAAGGCGAACCCGGCUUUGUAUGUGCUGCGCGAGCGUAUUCGUAAGGGCUUGCAACUCUAUUCUUCUGAACCGACGGAACCAUAUUUAUCAAGUCAGAACUACGGCGAGCUUUUCUCAAAUCAAAUUAUCUGGUUUGUUGAUGACACCAAUGUGUACCGAGUAACGAUCCACAAGACGUUUGAGGGCAACUUGACGACAAAGCCCAUUAAUGGUGCCAUUUUUAUCUUUAAUCCACGCACGGGUCAAUUAUUCCUAAAGAUUAUUCACACAUCAGUGUGGGCAGGUCAAAAGCGAUUGGGUCAACUGGCGAAGUGGAAGACUGCUGAAGAAGUAGCGGCCUUGAUACGAUCGUUGCCUGUUGAAGAACAGCCGAAACAGAUUAUUGUUACGCGCAAGGGUAUGCUGGAUCCUCUUGAAGUGCAUCUAUUAGACUUUCCGAACAUUGUCAUCAAGGGCAGUGAGCUGCAACUGCCCUUCCAGGCAUGUUUGAAAGUUGAGAAGUUCGGUGACUUGAUUUUGAAGGCAACAGAGCCACAAAUGAUAUUGUUCAAUAUUUACGACGAUUGGCUGAACACCAUCACGUCGUACACGGCUUUCUCUCGCUUGAUCUUGAUUUUGCGCGCAUUGCAUGUGAGCAACGAUCGUACGAAGAUUAUCCUGCGUCCCGACGGUGAAACAAUAACGCAACCUCAUCACAUCUGGCCGUCACUAACAGAUGAACAGUGGCUGAAGAUCGAGGUGCAGUUAAAGGAUUUGAUUUUGGGCGACUAUGGCAAAAAGAACAACGUGAAUGUAGCUUCACUGACUCAAUCGGAGAUUCGUGAUAUUAUUCUGGGUAUGGAGAUUUCGGCGCCGUCUCUGCAGCGGCAGCAGGUCGCUGAAAUUGAGCAACAGGCGCGAGAGCAGAGUCAGCUUACGUCGGUAACGACAAAGACAGUGAAUAAGCAUGGUGAUGAAAUGGUGGUUACGACGACAAGCCAAUAUGAGCAGCACUCAUUUGCUUCAAAGACGGAUUGGCGCGUACGUGCCAUCUCGGCGACAAACCUACACUUGCGUACGAACCAUAUUUACGUGUCCUCAGAUGACAUCAAGGAUACCGGAUUUACGUAUGUGCUGCCGAAGAACGUGCUGAAUAAGUUUAUCACCGUGUCGGACCUGCGGACGCAGAUCUGCGGUCUCAUGUAUGGUGUUAGUCCGCCUGACAAUCCGCAGGUGAAGGAGAUUCGCUGUAUUGUGAUGCCGCCGCAGCUUGGCACACACCAGAGCGUGACCAUCCCGCUGCACAUGCCGGAUCACGAGUACUUGGAGGGUAUGGAAGCUCUUGGCUGGAUCCACACGCAGCCUAACGAGUUGCCGAGCUUACCGCCGCAGGAUGUAAUUUUCCACUCGAAGAUUAUGUCGGAAAACACGUCAUGGGAUGGCGAGAAGAGUAUUAUCAUCACUUGCAGCUUCACCCCGGGCUCGUGCUCCCUAACAGCGUACAAGUUGACCCCGGCUGGCUACGAAUGGGGUCGCCAGAACAAGGACAGCGUUGCGAAUUCGGCAGGUUUUACUCCAACUCACUAUGAAAAGGUGCAGAUGCUCUUGUCCGAUCGGUUCAUGGGUUUCUACAUGGUUCCGGAAGAAGAGGUGUGGAACUACAAUUUUAUGGGAGUGAAACACAACACGGGGAUGAAGUACGAUCUAAAGCUGGGCAACCCGAAGGAAUUUUACCACGAGAUUCAUCGCAAGACGCAUUUUAUGAACUUUAGCGCAUUGGAAGCUAUAGAUGAAGAUUCGGCCAUUGACGAGGAACGGCAAAAUGUGUUUGCAUAA